UUAAUUAGAUUAAAAGAUAUUUCUAAAUUCAACUUAAUAGCAAGUAAAAUCAAGAAUAUUAAAAUGAGCUCUGGAGAUCUUCCAUCUGCAACCUUAAGCAUGAUUUAAUAAGGUCAAGACCCCAAAGAAUUGGUCCUUUAACAUUGCAAACCUAACUGUCUUCACUGGGAAUAAAAACUUAAGAGAUGUGAAGCAAAGUUAAGAGAACUUGUUAAUGCUGAUCCUGAAAUGUCAUGCAUGUAUCCUCUUAGAGAUUGGGUUACUUGUGUUGAAGCUUGCGUUUAACCUCAAAUUAUUUCUUAACUUGUUGGUGCUUAGAAGGGAAGAAUUUGGUGA